CUUAAGCUCCACCCUUUGAUCACAGGCUGCCAUUGUGGGUCACAUUCUAGAAUGCUAGUGUGGAAGUCCCUAAAGAAAGAGCCAGUAAGACAAAUGAGGGUUGACUACAGCAGAAAGGUGGCGGCAGCUCACACCCUGAAGUGGUCUGACCAUUGAAUCAGCUCCACAGCCGGGGUCUCUGCACCUCUUCCCCUAGUUGACAAUGGAGAUAUAUACACAAAUCCCCAUGGAGGAACAUGACAUCGAAACACCCCAUGGUAUGGUCCACGUCACCAUAAGAGGCUUACCAAAAGGAAAUAGACCAGUUAUCCUGACAUACCAUGACAUUGGGCUCAACCAUAAAUCCUGUUUCAAUACCUUCUUCAACUUCGAGGAUAUGCAGGAGAUCACCCAGCACUUUGCUGUCUGCCACGUGGACGCCCCAGGCCAGCAAGAAGGGGCACCCUCCUUCCCAACAGGGUAUCAGUACCCCACCAUGGAUGAGCUAGCUGAAAUGCUGCCUCCUGUUCUUACACACUUAAGUCUGAAGGGCAUCAUCGGGAUUGGAGUUGGAGCAGGAGCCUACAUCCUCAGCCGAUUUGCACUCAAUCAUCCAGAGCUGGUAGAAGGUCUUGUGCUCAUUAACGUUGACCCGUGUGCUAAAGGCUGGAUUGAUUGGGCAGCUUCCAAACUCUCAGGCUUGACGACCAACAUCGUGGACAUAAUUUUGGCUCAUCACUUUGGGCAGGAGGAACUGCAGGCCAAUUUGGACCUCAUUCAAACCUACAGACUGCACAUUGCCCAAGACAUCAACCAAGAAAAUCUCCAACUCUUCCUCAGUUCCUAUAAUGGACGCAGAGACCUGGAAAUUGAAAGACCUAUACUGGGCCAAAAUGAUAACAGGUUGAAAACAUUAAAGUGUUCUACUUUACUGGUGGUGGGGGACAAUUCACCUGCUGUGGAGGCUGUGGUUGAAUGUAAUUCUCGCCUCGACCCUAUAAAUACAACUUUGCUAAAGAUGGCAGACUGUGGAGGACUGCCCCAAGUAGUUCAGCCUGGGAAGCUCACCGAGGCCUUCAAGUACUUUUUGCAGGGAAUGGGCUACAUACCGUCUGCCAGCAUGACCCGGCUCGCCCGAUCACGAACCCACUCCACCUCGAGUAGCAUUGGCUCUGGAGAAAGUCCCUUUAGCAGGUCUGUGACCAGCAAUCAGUCAGAUGGAACUCAAGAAUCCUGUGAGUCCCCUGAUGUCCUGGACAGACACCAGACCAUGGAGGUGUCUUGCUAAGCAGAUGCUACUCCCUGGACCAUGCAAGUCCCUCCUCCUUGAAAUGACCACUCCAUAAUAGAACAUUUCAUCCUGUCAGCUGGCCUCCACUUUCACUCAUGCAUGGCCACAGAACCUUUCUCUAAUAGCCUGGACUUACCAUUCUCUCUACACACCCCUUUUUGUAUAUACCAAGAACCACACCCAUGUCAUUACUGUAACAUUCCAACAUCUUGAUCCGAUCUGAUCUCCAUAUCUUCUCUUGCCAGCCUUUCCCUAUGCUCCCUCAAAUAUGUACCUGACGAGAUUCUUUGAUUCCCAA